AGCUUGCCACAACUCCCUGAGAUCUCCCAGGUGGCAGCUGCCUCCUCCAGACAGGUUCAUCCACGAUGACCCAACUAAGCACCCAAGUCAAAGGCUCUCUCAAUAUCACCACUCCAGGGUUGCAGAUAUGGAGGAUCGAGGCCAUGCAGAUGGUACCCGUUCCUUCCAGCACCUUUGGGAGCUUCUUUGAUGGUGACUGCUACAUAGUCUUGGCUAUCCACAAGACUGGCAGCAACCUCUCUUAUGACAUCCACUUCUGGAUUGGCAAUGACUCGUCCCAGGAUGAGCAGGGGGCAGCUGCCAUCUAUACCACACAGAUGGACGACUACCUGAAAGGCCGGGCUGUCCAGCACCGGGAGGUCCAGGGCAACGAGAGCGAGACCUUCCGAAGCUACUUCAAGCAGGGCCUUGUGAUCAAGAAAGGGGGAGUGGCUUCUGGCAUGAAGCAGGUGGAGACCAAUGCCAGCAAUGUCCAGCGGCUGCUCCACGUCAAGGGCAAGAGGAACGUCGUGGCCGGAGAGGUGGAGAUGUCCUGGAAGAGUUUCAACCGAGGGGACGUUUUCUUGCUGGACCUCGGGAAGCUGAUUGUCCAGUGGAAUGGGCCUGAGAGCAACCGCAUGGAGAGGCUUAGGGGCAUGACCCUGGCCAAGGAGAUCCGAGACCAGGAGCGAGGUGGGCGCACCUACGUGGGUGUGGUAGACGGGGAGAAGGAGAAGGAGUCCCCAGAGCUGAUGGCGGUGAUGAAUCACGUGCUUGGCGAGCGCAGGGAACUGAAGGCAGCAGUGCCUGAUACGGUCGUGGAGCCUGCACUCAAGGCUUCCCUCAAGUUGUAUCAUGUGUCUGACUCGGAGGGAAAACUGGUGGUUAGGGAAGUCGCCACACGACCACUCACACAGGACCUACUCAGCCAUGAGGACUGUUACAUCCUGGACCAGGGGGGCCUGAAGAUCUACGUGUGGAAAGGGAAGAAGGCCAACGAGCAGGAGAAGAAGGGAGCCAUGAGCCAGGCCCUGAACUUCAUCAAAGCCAAACAGUACCCACCAAGCACACAGGUGGAGGUGCAGAAUGAUGGGGCUGAGUCAGCCAUCUUCCAGCAGCUCUUCCAGAAGUGGACAGUGCCCAACCAGUCUUCAGGCCUGGGCAAAACCCACACCGUGGGCUCUGUGGCCAAGGUGGAGCAGGUGAAGUUUGAUGCCAUGUCUAUGCAUGUACAGCCUCAGGUGGCCGCCCAGCAGAAGAUCGUGGAUGAUGGGAGUGGAGAGGUGCAGGUGUGGCGUAUUGAGGACCUAGAAUUGGUGCCUGUGGAUUCCAAGUGGCUGGGCCACUUCUUCGGGGGUGACUGCUACCUGCUGCUCUAUACCUAUCUCAUUGGCGAGAAGCAGCACUACCUACUCUACGUCUGGCAGGGCAGCCAGGCCAGUCAGGAUGAAAUCGCAGCCUCGGCCUAUCAAGCUGUCAUCCUGGACCAGAAGUACAAUGAUGAACCCGUCCAGAUCCGGGUCCCGAUGGGCAAGGAGCCACCCCACCUCAUGUCUAUCUUCAAGGGACGCAUGGUGGUCUACCAGGGAGGUACCUCUCGAGCUAACAACACAGAGCCUGUGCCUUCCACAAGGCUGUUCCAGGUCCAGGGAACGAAUGCCAACAACACUAAGGCCUUUGAGGUCAAACCCCGGGCCACAUGCCUCAACUCUAAUGAUGUCUUCAUCCUCAAGACCCAGUCCUGCUGCUACCUGUGGUGUGGAAAGGGCUGCAGCGGGGAUGAACGGGAGAUGGCCAAGAUGGUUGCAGAUACCAUCUCUCGGACAGAGAAGCAAGUGGUGGUGGAGGGGCAGGAGCCAGCCAACUUCUGGGUGGCCCUAGGUGGAAAGGCCCCCUACGCUAACACCAAAAGACUACAGGAGGAAAACCUCGCCAUUAGCCCCCGGCUCUUUGAAUGCUCCAACCAGACUGGGCGCUUCCUGGCCACAGAGAUCCCUGACUUCAAUCAGGAUGAUUUGGAAGAGGAUGAUGUGUUCCUGCUGGAUGUCUGGGACCAGGUUUUCUUCUGGAUAGGGAAGAACGCCAAUGAGGAGGAGAAGAAGGCUGCAGCCACCACUGUGCAGGAAUACCUCAAGACCCACCCCAGCGGCCGCGACCCUGAGACCCCCAUCAUCGUGGUGAAGCAGGGACAUGAGCCUCCCACCUUCACGGGCUGGUUCUUUGCUUGGGAUCCCUUCAAGUGGAGUAACACCAAAUCCUAUGAAGACCUGAAGGCAGAGCUUGGAAACUCUGGGAACUGGGGCCAGAUCGCUGCUGAUAUCACAAGCCCCAAGGCGGAUGUAUUCACUGCCAGCACCAACCUCAGUUCUGGGCCUCUGCCCAUCUUCCCUCUGGAGCAGCUGGUGAACAAGUCUGUGGAGGAGCUUCCCGAAGGUGUGGACCCUAGCAGAAAAGAGGAGCACCUGUCUGUUGAAGAUUUUACUAAGGCCUUGGGGAUGACUCCAGCUGCCUUCUCUGCCCUGCCUAGAUGGAAGCAACAAAACCUCAAGAAAGAAAAAGGACUAUUUUGAAAAGCAAUAAUACUUGUGGCUGUAAAGCAGCAUCUCUCUUGUGUGUGGUCAUUAUUAUUGGUUUUAGUCCCAUUGAACAGAAAAUGUCCAGUUGUACCUGUGAGCAACAGUGUGGCAAUACCACUUCUGUCUAGUAAUCUGCCCAUUUUUUCAGAAAGAUGCCACCUCCCCAA